AUGUCUGUCCUACCACCGCUUACCGACAUCCAACAAUCUAGAGUAUCGGAGGACUCGCCGCUCUCAACGGCGCUUUCGAUCCUGUUCGAGCAUUCCCCUAUCCUCAUCUCGAUCUUGCAGCCACAGCUCCAGGCACUCUUCCAAUCAGGAACUGUUCCCCAGUCCUACGCCCAGCUUGUCGACUUGUCACUGGCAGAAAUUAGCAAAUGGAAGCUAGCUGCACAGUCGGAGUUCAUCUCUGGGCAUCCAAGGAUAGGGGAGAACUCGAACCUUUCGAAACUCAGCGCGAAAGAGCAAGGAGCGCAAGGCGUUACACCAACUCCACCAGAGGUUUUGGCACGACUGGCACACCUAAACGCAGGAUAUGAGGUCAAGUAUCCUGGGUUGAGGUAUAUCACCUUCGUCAAUGGGAGGAGUAGAGUUACGAUUGCGGAGGAAAUGGAGGGCGUGCUGGGAUGGGAGCACUCGUUAUCCCCUGACGAGCCCAAAUUGGAGGGUAUCACCACCAUCUACACCUCGGACACGGACGAAUGGAAGUCUGAAUUGAAGAGGGCGGUGAAGGAUGUAGGGCUUAUCGCGAAGAGUAGAUUGAGGGCUUUGGGAGUAGAAUAG